UGUAAGACCGCUGGCCGGAGAGUCGAAGCAAUGAAUUCUCUGGAACAAGCCGAAGAUUUAAAGGCCUUUGAAAGAAGACUGACAGAGUAUGUGUCCUGUUUGCAGCCUGCAACAGGCCGGUGGCGCAUGAUACUGAUUGUGGUGUCAGUGUGUACAGCGACUGGGGCUUGGAAUUGGUUAAUAGACCCAGACACACAGAAGGUGUCCUUCUUCUCGUCUUUAUGGAAUCAUCCUUUCUUCACUAUUAGCUGUAUCACUCUCAUCGGUCUGUUCUUCGCAGGAAUACACAAACGAGUCGUUGCUCCAUCAAUUAUUGCAGCCCGCUGUCGGACAGUGCUAGCAGAAUACAACAUGUCCUGUGAUGAUACUGGGAAACUUAUUCUGAAACCACGGCCGCAUAUCCAAUAGCACCAUACAGGAGACGAAGACUUAAACAUUGUCCCAGUCUCCACAUGGAUUGCCACUCAGUACGCUAUGAACCAUCAUUUCUGAAGGUUCAUCAGAAAAGGAACUCAAACCCAUAUAGCAGUGACUCUCAACUCUGGUCCUGAGGGCCCACUGUCCUGCACGUCUUUGUUUUAACUCUUCAUUAUCGCAGCUGAUUGAACUAAUCAAGAGCUUGAUGAUUAAUCGAUCAGUGGAAUCAGGUGUGUCAGUCCAGAGUUAAAACAAAGACAUGCAGGACAGUGGGCCCUUAGGACUGGAGUCGAGAACCACUGCCAUAUUAGGACUGGUGAUGCGCGAGUGGGAUUUAUGAACGGACAUUAAAGGGUUAACAGAAUCCUUCUUAUGAAAAAGAAAACAAAUCAACGUCUUACCGUUUUAGAAGCUUUCUCUGUGCACAAACACUGCUGCUGAGGAGUUUUUGAGAACUUUUACUUUCUCAUCAUGAGUUCUGUGGUCUGGCUUUGUCUGACGUCAUGUUCUUAUUUUAGAUAAAUAUGCUUUUUUUCGAUGUUUCUAUUUUAAACUAAUUGUAAAACAUGUUUAAUAAAUAUUGGAAGUAUGGAGUGUUUUUCUUGGAGUCACUUUUUACAUAUGUACAAAAUGUCUGAUUAUCUUUUCUAAUUACAUUGUUUGCUGCUGUUUUGUUGGCGUUGUGUAGUUUGUAAAAUGUUAUUUGAAAGCAAAGAUUAAAACAGGUCAUUUAUCGUAUAAGGGAACUGUCAGUCAUUGUGUUGCAGAGUUUACAUCCCUGU